AUGGCGAAUCCUUACAACAACCCUCUCGACACCUCACAGGACGGCAUCUACGGAGCUUUUGUGCCAAGGAACCGAAGCUCAUUUUCAGCGACCGGCGCAUUGCCGCCAGCAUCCCCUUCUUCCUUGAGCAAUAUCAUGCCUCUACUCCCCCUCAACCCACCACAAGGCAGCUAUUCAGAGCUCUACACAACGCAUCAUUCUUACAUAAGGACUGGUAGCGGAGCUGCCGACUCUGACGGAAAUGCGAUGCCCUCCGAGGGUGCCGGGUCUGGUUUGCGCCAGCAAACUUCCCACUUUCCAUCCUUCUCGCGCGCCUUUGAGAUGUUCAUAAAUCCUAUCGGCGACAGUACCUGGCCAACUCGACACCGGAACAAUGGCCUCUUUGUGCCUUCAUACCUUGCGAACUCGGCCUACAUACAAAAGCUGGAAGAGGUGCACACAUCAAAACAGGCGCAAAGGGAAGCCCAGACGCAGGCGAUUGGGGGCAGUGGGAUAACCGCAGGCCAAGUCGCUGCGCCGUCCAUAACAAGCAAGCCAACCACACAUCUGGGUAUGACCUAUGAUUUGAUUGAGCGUGCGCCCAUGCUCGAGGAUGACGACGCAGUAGCACCAUUGCCAACCAGGUGGAAUAAGGAGGACAAGCAAGGCCAAUUGGAAGUCAUGGCCGAUGGUCUGGAAGUCAAAUAUACUGGGCAAAAGUCCCCGGGAGAGCGUGAUUAUGAAUUGUACUCAAUCAGGGCGGAUCAUCCUGUACCCAGCCAAGCCGGGAUUUACUAUUUCGAGGUUCAACUCCUGUCCAGAAAGCGAGACGAGACAACUGUCUGUGUGGGAUUUGGGCCAAAAUCCGCCGCGCUUACUCGUCCUGUUGGCUGGGAAAACGAUUCAUUUGGCUACCAUGGCGACGAUGGAAAUGUUUAUAUUGCUUCCCAGUCGCCCAAGCAUUACGGACCUGGUUACACAACUAAUGAUACAGUGGGCUGUGGGAUCAAUUUUCUCAACAAAACCAUCUUCUUCACCAGAAAUGGUGUUAACCUAGGUGUUGCUGCCAGGGAUUUUAAAGUCAAGCUGUAUCCCUUUAUUGGUAUGAAGCGAAAUGGCGAGCACGUGCGGACGAAUUUUGGACAAACCCCUUUUGUAUUCGACAUCGACGACAUGAUGAAGCAAGAGCAAAACAAAAUCAGAAAGGAGAUUUCAGAGGCCAAUGUUGCGAAAUUGGCCGGCCCGAAGACGGGCGAGACGGACCUCCUCCAGCAGCUGGUUUUACAAUUUCUUCAACAUGACGGCUAUGUCGAGACCGCAAGGGCUUUUGCCGAGGAAAUCCAGUCAGAAAAGCAGGCUCUCAAUCUCGACGCUGAUGUUCCUGUAGAGGGUAUCAACAUCAAAGAUGAUGAGGAUGCCAACCAUCGACAGAGUAUUCGGAAAUCUAUUCUUGAUGGAGACGUGGACAAAGCAUUCAAAUUUACGCAAACAUUCUACCCUGACGUCUUGAAAGAGAACCAGCAAGUAUACUUCAAGUUGCGAUGUCGGAAAUUCAUCGAAAUGGUUCGCAGAUCAUCCCAUCUGAGUAACAACCACAACAGAAGCUUUAGUAGCAAGAAAAGCAAUGGUCAUACUCUGGACGACAAUCUCGAGAUGGAUCUCGACGAGGACGGCUACUCGGACGAAAUGGACACACAGGAUACGCUUGAGGCAUCGACCGAGGACGAAGCAGCCGCCUACCUUGCGCAGACAAUCGAAUAUGGCCGAGAGCUACAAGAAGAGUUCAAAGACAAUGGAAGCAAAGAGAUGAGCAAGACGCUUCAAGAUGUGUUUGCACUAAUGGCGUAUGCAAAUCCGCUCCAAGAAAAGGAAUUGGCCCAUUUCUUCGAGAGAAAGGCCAGAGUACUAGUGGCCGAAGAACUGAACUCGGCCAUUCUACUGUCUUUGGGCCGGUCGUCCAGAUCCGCGCUCGAGACAGUUUAUGCCCAGACGAGUGUCUUGCUUGAUUAUCUUCGCGAGAACGGUGGACCAGGAUCCUUUGUGACAGUCCAAAGUGUGAUUGAUGAGAUACCCAAAUCGCCAUAUUAG